GAGGACCAAAGCUGAUAAUGUGGUGGUGUUGAAUUGAUGAUCACGAUGGUUUGAUCGAGCGUCCAACCGCUUGACACAUACGUAUUAAAAUCCAAUCCAAUGGAGAAACUUCUCGAAUUUGUAUUCUCUCUUUUGCGGUACCUUCUCGUUCUUUCCUCUUCCUCCUCAACUCUAAUGUAUUCUAUUCAAUUCAAUUCAAUAAUAAUUCACCUUCUUUUUCCUUUCUAUAUUUUUUUUUCUCUCUCUCCACCAUUUCCACUCCUACCUUCUUUCAAGUCUGAUCUAUCUUCCUACACGGAACUUUCUGGAAUCCUCAAACCUGCUGCUCGAUCUGUCACCAUACAUGCAUUCUCGAAACACUUGAUUCAUCGCUGCUUAGAGCUUGUUGAUGAUAAGGCGAUUGACGAUGUGAUUUCCUGGAACGAAGAUGGAUCUACGUUCAUCGUCUGGAAUCCAACUGAAUUUGCCAAGGAUUUGCUACCCAAGUACUUUAAACACAAUAAUUUCUCCAGUUUUGUCCGUCAGCUAAAUACCUAUGGAUUCAGGAAGGUUGUGCCUGAUCGAUGGGAGUUCUCUAAUGAUUGUUUUCGUAGAGGAGAGAAACGAUUGCUGUGUGAUAUACAACGUCGUAAGAUUGCGGCAACUCCAACGGCACAACAACAGGUACCUGCUCCAUCGCCCGCGGUUGCAGCUAUUCCGGUGCUUCCGGUGCUGUCUCCGCCGCUUGGAAUGAUAUCACCUUGCGAUUCAGGCGAAGAACAAGUCGUGUCAUCCAACUCAUCUCGAGGCGCUACAACUAAUUUAUCUCGAGAAACAACAGCUUCCGGAGGAACUAACGCCGAGCUUGUCGGUGAAAACGAGAGGCUAAAGAAAGAAAACGUCGAACUCAAUAAAGAGUUGAGUCAGAUGAAGAAUCUUUGCUCCAACAUCUACGUGAUGAUGUCUAGCUACGCGAAGAAUAAACCGUCGGAAGGAAGCACUUCACAGCAAUCACCACCUGAGCCGGAGGCGGCGGUGACGACGACGACCACCACCAUGACACCACUAGAUCUGUUACCUCUAAAGCGGUUAGCCGAUGAGUGUUUAGGUCGCGCCGGCGACGAUGGUGAUUACCUAGAAACAACGGAACCCGAUGAGAUGAGCCCGAGAUUAUUCGGUGUGACAAUAGGGUGUGAAACGGUCGAGGGAGGGAGUGUCGGGAGGUGGCGGUGCGGCGGAGCAGUAUAAUGAGCUGCGGCUUCGACAGCCUGGAGGAGACGUGAAAUCUGAGCCGUUGGAUCAAAACGAUAAUGGUAGUAGUAAUGUUGAUAAUCAGGAAUCUACGUGGAUGUUGAGGCAAUGUCAACGGUCAGAUCGUAAUAUGCUUAAUUAGAUCGAAGAAGAGCUUACGAAGGUGGAAAAAAAGUGUAAUGUGGUUAAGUUCACACGAGGAGAGGAGAAGAGAGUGGCACGUGCCAGAUGAGUCACGUGGCAUGUUAAUCCCUUCUUGUCGGGAAACGUGGACCAAGUACCAGAAGUUUCUUGGACUUUUUUGGCCUUUUAGAGUUUUAUCUUUAAAUUGUUAAUUCAAGAAAAAUGUCAUUUUUCUUUUUCCAAAAAGAAUUUCUCUUUUAUGAAUAUAAGCCUAUUUCAGCUUAGUUUGAUUUAAGAUGAAUGGAUCCCAUUCCCAUGUUAUUCCGUAAUCCGAAUUUUGCAAACCAAUCAAGC